AUUUAAAAUUAUUGCACACCAUACCGAGAUAUUGAGACAAAUAUAUAUUUUUCGUAUAGUUAUUAGUAAUUCUCAUACAAUAUAUUUUGAUUUAAAUAAUUAACUCGAGGUCGUAAAAAAUGUUAUACAUUUUUAUUAUUACUCUAAAAGUUAUUGUUUUAGCAUCAUUUUUCUAUUCGUAUGAAACUUACGUAACUGCAUCAAAUAUUCGCGUCAAAAGGUCGGUAGCUGUACUUGACAAAGAUCAGUUAUGGGAUGAUGGUAUUAUCCCAUAUGAAGUAGAUAAUACAUUGAGUGGUUCACACCGUAAACUAUUAAAGCUAGCUAUGGAGGAAUGGGAACAAUCAACUUGUAUUCAAUUUGUCGAUAGAAAUAAUGAAACCGUUCCAAACUACUUAUUAGUCAGUAGAUCGGCAUUGGGUUGUGAUUCCUAUGUCGGUAAAACUCUUAAUGGCCAAAAUGAUUUAAAUUUGGGUAGUGGUUGUAUGUCGUACAGAAUUUUAUUACAUGAAUUAGGACAUAUAAUUGGUUUCUAUCAUGAACAUAAUCGUCCAGACCGUGAUGAACAUGUAAUCAUUAAUAUGAACAAUGUCAAACCAGGAAAUAGCUAUAACUUCGAUAAAUUUUCAUUUAGAGAAAUAAAUACACUUAAUCAAAAAUAUGACUAUCAUUCAAUAAUGCAUUACCGACGAAAUGAAUUUUCAAUUGAUAAGUUAAAAGAUACAAUAACUCCUAUUGCAUCAGCUUAUAAUGAAAUUGAUAUAAUUGGUAAAAAAGGGGAAUUAAGUGAAACUGAUAUUACUGCUGCAAAUCUACUUUAUGAAUGUCCUAAAUGUGGAGGAACUUUACGAUAUUUUAACGGAACUUUUGGAUCAUUAAAUAAUUCACUUAAUGGUGAAUAUUGUCAAUGGAGAAUUACGGCAGCCCAUGGAGAAAAAAUUGCUGUUGUCAUUACAUCAAUAAAUAUUGCAAAAAAAAAGAUUUGUUCAUCAGAUUACUUAGCAAUCAUCGAUGGAUAUUCGUUGAGACACCCUGUUCUAGCACGUUUGUGCGGAAAAGGAAAAGCUUUGCAGCCAUUAAUUUCUACUGCUAAUCAUAUGUUAGUAGAAUACAGAAAAAAAACUUUAAAUAAAAAGUACAUUGGUUUUACAGCUUAUUAUUACAAAAUUUGUGGUGAUGACAUAAACAUUAACGACGAGAACAAAUAUUAUUAUUUAGAAUCACCAAAUUAUCCUCAUAAGUACGAAGCCAAUAAAAAAUGCAUUUGGCAUAUAAAUGCACCUCGAAAUCGAAAAAUUUCAGUCGAAUUCGACUACUUCAAACUUGAGAAUUCUGUUGAUUGUAAAAAUGAUUUUUUAGAGAUACGAGACGGAAAUGGUGAUAAUUAUUCUUCCCGGCUCAUUGGAAUUUAUUGUCAUAAAAAUAGUCCAAGAAAAGUACUUUCAACUGAAAAUAAAUUAUUUAUUAAAUUUGUUAGCAAUGAUAAAAUAGAAAAUUAUGGAUUUUCGGCCAUUAUUACUGUGAAAAACUAAUAAAAAUAUAUUAUAUAUAUCAUAUAUAAUAUAGGGCAGAUUAAACUGAUUAGAAGUUUCAAAAAAAAAAUAUCUGUAGUGGCUUUAAUAUUAUAUUUUUGAUAACAAUUAAAAUUUUCAGUAAUUUAA